AUGGGAGUUUUCACUUACGAAUCAGAGGCUUCUACUGUGAUCCCGCCAGCCAGGCUGUUCAAGGCCCUUUUCGUUGAUGCCGCUGAAGUCAUGCCCAAAGCCCUGCCACAGGCUAUUAAAAGCAUUGUUACUCUUGAAGGAGAUGGAGGCCCUGGAACCAUCAGGCAAACUUAUUUUGGCGAUGGUCAGUACGUAGCUUCACUAGUAGAGAGGACUGAUGCUAUUGACAAGGAGAGUUUGUCAUAUGCGUACACUGUGUUCGAAGGUGCUGUCUUGGCAAACACAUAUGAAAAAAUCUUCAACGAAUCGAAGAUUGAAGCCUCCCCUGACGGAGGAUCGGUGUGCAAGACCAGCACCACAUACUACACUGUUGGCAAUGCGGACGCAAAAGCAGAUGAAAUUAAGGAUGGACAAGAAAAGCAAAUGGGAUUAUUCAAGGCCAUUGAAGCCUACCUGUUGGCAAAUCCUGAUGCUUAA